AUGGUUUUAAAGAAUAAUUUGGAAAAAUCCUUAAAAGUCUUGGAAACGAGAAUUAAGGAGUUAGAGCAAAGUAACGAAGGGUUACGUUCACAAUUAAAAUAUUUAGAAGAAAAGGUUAGAGAGCGAGAAGAAGAAACCAAGGCCAAUAUUGAUAAUUUGGAAGAAAAGCUUAGAGAAACCAACGGAAAUAUUAAAAAUUUAGAAGAAAAGGUUAAAGAAGAUGCCAAAGCCAAGCAAGUAAUUAUUAAUAAUUUAGAAGAAAAGAUUAGAGUACGAGAAGUAUCCAAAGAAAAGCAAGAAAUUAUUA